AUGCAGUUCUCAUUAUUGACAUGUGCGGUAUUGCCGCUGCUCGUACAACUUGGCUCGGCUACCGCUGGUCCUAAUAGCCGAAUUAUCAAGAAUAUUAAGAAGUACACGGGCCCAAACUCUCCAGCUAAUUUCAGCCGAAACUUGUACCAAACAGGGUUCGACGGUGUGACCUGGGACGAUGACAACUGGCUGCUGAGCACGACCAACCUGGAACAGGGUCGCUACGAAUCGCGCGGGUCUGUGGCCAAUGGAUACUUGGGUAUUAACGUUGCCAGCGUUGGUCCAUUCUUCGAGAUCGACGAUCCCGCGGAAACCGAGGGUUGGCCAUUGUUCUCUACGCGCCAGUCAUUUGCUACAAUCAGUGGCUUCUUUGACUCGCAGCCUACUACCAAUGGGAGCAACUUCCCAUGGCUGUCUCAGUAUGGAGACGACAGUGUGAUCAGCGGUGUUCCCCACUGGGCUGGACUCAUUUUGGAUCUUGGUGACGAUACUUAUCUGGACGCGACGGUCGACAACAAGACCAUCUCUCACUUCCGAACAACAUACGACUUCCAAGCAGGUGUCUUGGUUUGGUCGUACACUUGGACUCCCGAGGGGGAUAAGGGAUCGUACCAGAUCACUUAUCGUCUGUUUGCCCACAAGUUGUAUGUCAACCAGGCUGUUGUCGACUUGGAGAUCAUUCCAUCCAAGGAAGCAAAUGCGACUGUUGUGAACGUCAUCGAUGGAGCCUCCGCAUCGCGCACUGACUUCGUGGAGACCGGGGAGGACAACGGUGCUAUCUUUUCAGCAGUCCGACCGAAUGGAAUCGCAAACGUCACGGCUUACAUCUACACGAACAUCACUGCUUCGUCCAAUGUUGAUCUCUCAUCGCGCAAGAUCGUCCAGAACAAGCCAUAUGUCCAUGCCAAUGAAUCGUCCAUUGCGCAGGCUGUGAACGUCAACUUCAAGCCAGGACAAGUGGUUCGUGUGACCAAAUUUGUCGGUGGUGCCUCAACGGACGCCUUCGAAGAUCCAAAGAAGACCGCCAGCACUGCGGCUGCCACAGCGCUGAAGAACGGCUAUGCUAAAUCACUUCGAUCUCACAUUGUGGAGUGGGCAAGCGUUAUGCCCGAAAGCUCCGUCGACCGCUUCGCAUUCCCCAAUGGAACCCUUCCGGCCGACACUAACAUCAUUGAUUAUGCCGUGAUUUCUGUGGUAAACACCUAUUACCUCUUGCAGAACACUGUUGGAAAGAACGCAAUCAAUAAAACGAAUGGGGCCCCAGUUAAUGUGGACAGCAUUUCAGUCGGUGGAUUAACUUCUCAAUCAUACGGCGGUCAGGUCUUUUGGGAUGCAGACGUUUGGAUGCAGCCCGGUCUUGUUACCUCUCACCCCGAGGCAGCUCAGAGGUUUACCAACUUCCGCGUGGAGAAGUACGCUCAGGCAAAGGAGAACAUACAAACGUCCUUCACGGGCUCCCAGAACCAGACGCGCUUUAGUGAUUCGGCCGCCAUCUUCCCCUGGACAAGUGGCCGUUUUGGAAACUGCACUGCAACUGGUGCUUGCUGGGACUACCAGUAUCACCUCAAUGGUGAUAUCGGUAUUUCUUUGGUCAACCAAUGGGUUGCUAGUGGAAACACUCAGCUUUUCAAGGAAGAGCAUUUCCCGAUAUAUGAUUCCGCCGCCACACUUUACGCCGACCUCCUAGUUCGCAACGGAUCGUAUUGGACAAUGAAGAACAUGACUGACCCUGACGAAUAUGCAAACCACAUUGACGCAGGCGGCUUCACGAUGCCGAUGGUUGCUGAAACCCUUCGACAUGCCAACUCAUUCCGUCAACAGUUUGGACUUGAGGAGAACUCGACCUGGGAUGACAUGGCCGAAAAUGUACUCGUCCUUCGCGAAAAUGACGUCACUCUCGAGUACACUACCAUGAAUGGAAGUGCUGUGGUCAAGCAAGCCGACGUCGUUAUGGUCACAUAUCCACUCGGUUAUACCUCCAACUAUACCACACAGAACUCCUUGGACGAUCUGGACUACUAUGCCGCCAAACAGUCUGCAGAUGGUCCAGCCAUGACGUGGGCUAUCUUCGCUGUCGUCGCGAACGAAAUGUCACCCUCCGGCUGUUCAUCAUACACAUACGGCCAAUAUUCCUUUGCGCCAUACACGCGUGCUCCUUUCUUCCAAAUGUCGGAGCAGCUGGUCGACAACACCACGAUCAACGGCGGCACACAUCCCGCGUUUCCCUUCCUUACUGGCCACGGAGGCGCCAACCAAGUUGCCAUCUACGGCUACCUCGGACUGCGACUUCGUCCAGAUGACAUCCUCCAUGUUGACCCCAACCUGCCUCCCCAGAUCCCAUACUUGAAGUAUCGCACCUUCUACUGGCGUGGAUGGCCCAUCUCCGCGUGGUCUAACUACACCCACACGACGUUUAGCCAUGCAACCGGAACUCCACCUCUCGACACUGCCGACCAAAGAUUCGCCAAUAAGACAAUCACAAUUCACUCCGGCCCCGAGAGCGAUUCUGUGACUUACCACCUUCCCCUGAAGGGAUCGGUGAUCAUUCCCAACCGCCAAAGUGGCACAGAAAACACCGUCGCCGGCAAUCUCGUGCAAUGUCAGCCCGUCGUCUCCACCGAUGCAUUCGAGCCAGGUCAAUUCCCCAUCUCCGCAGUGGACGGCGCGACCUCCACAAAGUGGCAGCCGGAACUGGCCUCCGAUGUGAGCGCCGUGACAGUGUCCUUCGAAGAUGAAGCCGGCGCCCUAGUUUCAGGAUUCUACUUCGACUGGGCCCAAGCGCCUCCCGUCAACGCCACAGUGAUCUUCCACAACAAGACCCUCCAAAAUCCGGCUCAGGCCAUCUCGUCCCCGAGCUCCGAUUACAGGAUUGUCCAUUCUCUGACCCACAUCACCCAGUCAGACCCAUAUGACGCCGACACUACAAAUCUUGACAUUAUUGCCAUUCCCACCGGCAACACAACUAAUGUGACUCUGUCUUCGCCUGUACCUGCAGCCCGAUAUGCGUCGCUGCUUAUCGUCGGCAACCAGGCUCUGGGCUCCGCAGAUGUCGAGGCUAAGAACGGAACUGGAGCUACUGUCGCGGAGUGGGCUAUCAUUGGUCAUGAGAAGAAGAAGGAUGACUCCGCGUCCACCAAGAGAACUAUGAAUGUUCGUGCCGCAGGUGCCAUUUCUAGUGCAGGCUCCUUUGCACGUCGUGUGAAGCGUGCUACUCCUCGCCUUUAG